UAAGGCUGUGUCCCUCGGAGCCGCGCGGCAGCUGUAGAGGUGAUCUGAAGCAUGGAGAAGAUACCUGUCCUGGGCCUGGGCAUCUGGAAGGUGGCCCCAGGGGAAGUGACAGAGGCAGUAAAAGUGGCGAUAGACACGGGCUUGUACCACAACAAGAAUGAGGUUGGAGUGGGGAUCCAGUGCAAGGUCAAGGAGGGCAUGGUGAGGCGGAAGGACCUGUUUAUUGUCAGCAAGCUCUGGUGCACCUGCCAUAAGAAGUCUCUGGUGAAAGUGGCCUGCACCAGGAGUCUGAAGGCCUUGAAGCUGGAGUACUUGGACCUCUACCUCAUACACUGGCCCAUGGGCUUCAAGUUCUCACAGUCUGGAGAGAUAGACUUGCCCGUGGACCACAGUGGCAUGAUCAUCCCCAGCGAGGACUUCCUGGACCCGUGGGAGGCCAUGGAGGACCUGGUGACCCCAGGCCUGGUGAGAGCCAUCAGGGUGUCAAACUUCAACCACGAGCAGCUCGAGAGACUUCUGAAUAAACCCAGCCCGAGGUUCAAGCCAGUGACCAACCAGAUCGAGUGCCACCCAUACCUGACUCAGAAGAACCUGAUCAGUUUUUGCCAGUGGAGAAAUGUGUCCAUGACUGCUUACUGGCCCCUCGGGAGCUCCAGGGGGGUGCACCUGAUGGAAGACCCUGUGAUCCAGAUGAUCUCUCAGAAGCACAAGAAGUCUGCAGCUCAGAUUUUGAUCCGAUUUCAGAUCCAGAGGAAAGUGAUAGUGAUUCCCAAAUCCGUCAACCCAAAGCGGAUUCUUGAGAAUAUCCAAGAAAGUGUUUCCUCCUUUCAAAUCGGCAUCGGAGGGUUUGUCAUCACCCGCUAGCUUGGGGCAGGAGGUGUGCUGAGCUUCGGAGGCAGCAUCCCCGUCCCCUGUGGCUUUGACACCAGGGGCAGGAUGAGGCCUCAG